UGGUGCCGGUACAGUCAUGGAGGCAGCCGCAAUGUCGCCAUCCUCCGUCUCGUCCCAGUCCCACAACCUCGACGCUGCCUCCACCAGCGACGACAUGCCGUCCUUGCAAGAGGGCCUCCUCUUCUCGGACAGCCUCAAGGACUUGAGGAAUCUGCGGUCACAACUAUACUCAGCGGCAGAGUAUUUUGAAGUAUUCUACACAAACAACUCGCACAGAUCUACGGUGGUGACAAGUUUAAAAGACUACGCAGUUGAAGCCCUUGUUAGCACUGUUGACCAUCUGGGUUUUGUGUCGUACAAGGUGGAUAAUCUUGUCAAUGAAAAAGCGGAUGAGGUUAACGAUACAGAACUUCGAGUGUCGUCGGUUGAACAGAGGGUAAGGAUUUGCCAACAGACGAUCGACCAAGAGGGAAGAUCUCAACAGUCUCUUCUUAUUAAGGCACCACGGUACCACACACGGUACAUAUUACCAGGCGCAGAUAUAGCGGAGUCUGCUAUCCAUCCGGUCUCAGAGCCCCCGCGAUAUAACAGGCAAUAUGCGGGUCGCAAAAUGCGCAAGUCUCAAUCUGCAAUUUCCACUCCAGUUAGUAGGCAGACUACAAUGAGGAGUAUCCGUUCACAGUCUCCUACAAUUCGUGAGACACAUCAUCGAUCACGGUCCAUGUCACCUUCUCGAAAAGCACGAGGGAAAUCACCAUCGCCGCAGCCAGGGUGGCCCCAGCCUGAAGUUGUGAACUCAAAUCCAAAAGAAACAAGAGCAGGUUCGCCGAUACCAACUCCUAGUCCCCUUGCGCGAUCUACUACAGUCGCAAGAAGACCACCUCUGGAUCCGAAGCAUUUUAGACAAACUUCGAUGCAGCUCCAUUCCGACUGGGAGAACCAAAAAGACAAAGAGCGGGAGAAAAGCUCGAGCAAAGGCCGGGGUUUCCUCAAGUCAUUGCUCUCAAGACGUCGGUGGAGGAACGACGAGUCGUUGUACAAUUACUUGGAUGAGUAUUGAUU